AUGUUCUGUCUACGGAGUUGGCUUCCGCUCCUCUUCAUUCCCACCAAUGCCUCGCCCGCCUUCAUAUUCCUCUUCUUUGUGUGCACAUACUUUCUGAACCGACCAUGUGUCUACUGCUCCGUCCUUCUCUUGAUCCUCUUUGUCACCUCGUGCUACUGGUCCGACCGCUGCUUCUUCGACUUUAGCAGUAACUGGUUCGCGCCGCGAUCGUCGUACUUUGAAUGCACCGACAACUGCACGACAGUGGCGCAGGGCGACAGCGGCUUCAACGAGACUGCCUUUGAGAUGCUGAACACGACUGCGAGCGCACUUGCAAGCGCUGCUGCCGACGAGCUCUCGCGCCGCAAGGCGGAAUGGACUGGAUUGGGCAUCGAGUGGUUGAGGAGUCUGCUGGGACGGAGGGAAUGGAGAAUCGAGUGUAUGGACGUCAACAUUCGACUAUGA